GUCGUUCAAUGAGCCAUUCUGUCUAGCCACUCAUGCAGUAGACCUACGGAGUGAGGUGGGGGCGGCACCCCCAUCCUUCACCGACUUCUUUGAUUUUUGCAAACUAUUUUUUAUAUACAACAGAACGAAUUAAUAUUUGAUAGUUGGGGAUCAUUGCACCCCCCCCCCCCUCCACCCCUUCAAUUACAAACAAAAACCACUGUAUGACACUUUCACUUUCUGCCAUGAUCGCAACGUCAGUAAAUCCCGGUAAAUGUUCCUGGAUCCUAUAGUACACACAUUGAGUCCUUCAACCCAAAGGUCAACAUUAUGAUGUAGAAUAUUAUGCGCACUAUGAUUCAUUGUGAACCGCCUCUCUUCACGUUCAAUUCUAUACAAGCUUCCGUGUGUGUUUGGCUUGUAGACAUUUUUGUAAAUUCACCAAUUUCGGAGCUGGCAGAGUCGCGCCGUGUUUUGGAGGAUCAGACCCCGUGCUAAGGUGCUGCGAUGACCUCCCGGUUGCGCCAAACUCCGGCCGGACCGAGGACGGGUCGAAGCAGUGAUGGUCAGAAACAGUCUGUAUCGCCACCGCGUUCACAGCCACGACGGAAAGCAAGAAUGGCGGAAGAGGGUGAGGAGCUAACCAAUGGACCAUCUACAUCAAAGGGGAAGAAGCGUCCCGUACCUUCCACUUCUCCUACCCUACAUGCUUCUCCUCGUAGCCCACAGAUUAAACGCAAGCGUAUGCCAGCAGAAUACUACCAAUCAGAUGUAGUAGAUGCCAUCUCAAAACAAUCUGUAAGAACUCCAAAUGCAGAUAAAGAACUUUACUUUCAGAAGAACACCUACCUGGCUGUUAGAACUGAAAAUGGGAAGUAUUUCAUCUGUAAGACUGCUCAGAAUGUCUACCACAAGACCAAGCUCUUCAAGAUCUUAUGGUUAGAGCUGAGAUCGGAACCAGGAACCUAUGAGAUGUCUUAUCGUGAUACCAUUGAUAUAGACAGCAUCCUUACUGAUGUAGUCAUGAAUAAACAGGCUGGGGGUCUGCUAGUCAUGCCACGGAGUGAGAUCGCACGAGUAGAGAAGGUUCUGGGACUUGCUAUGAAGAAAGAGAAUGGAACAUCAGGCAUUGAUGACACUCAACGAUUCAUGGAGAUGAAAGAUGUAAAACGUGUAGAGAGCAGUGAUGAGGAUGAGGACAGUGAAGAUGAUGAUGAAGACAAUCCAUCCACCUCUACUGCGAUAAGAAGACCAAUCAAGAAACUUCAAAUCAAGAAACCCAAGCCUCAACCCAAAGCUAGAGCAGUGUCUCAAGCCGGUACACAGAGGGGACGUGGCAGACCUAAGGGUGCAAACACUACAGCAACAAAGACGGUCGCAAAGAAAAUCACUGCCAAGGCAAAGACAACAAGGGGAAAAGCUGCAGCUAAACCUGGCAAGAGAGGACCUAAACCCUUGAAGACAGAGAAGAAGCUGAAAGAAAAGAUCAAGAAGAAAAAAGAGAAGAAGCUGAAAGAAAAGAAGAAGCCACGAGAGAAGCUUCAUCCCAAUGAUAAGCUCAUCCAGAGACCAGAUAUUGAAGUGGUGCAAAAGGAUCCAAUGUUCGAACUCAAGAAUGAAAACGAGAUGCCAGAGGUCUCCAAGUUUGUCUUGUGCAAGCGUACCAUUCGAGCGGUCCUAACCAAUGACAUGACACUCCUAAAGAAACUAGUAGACAACAAAGAGGUACCUAAUGUAAUGUUGAAUCGGAGUAAUGAUGUAAAACUAUCUGCCUUGGACUAUGCUGUGAGACUAGAGAACCAGGCUGCUAUGAAGCUUCUGUUACCAGAGGUGAGCAGUAACAAGCAACGUGCCAAGCUACCGGAAGUUAUCAUGGAACAUCAGAGCCGUGGAAGGUAUAACUUCUUGAGUCUUGGUCAUGCUGUACGAGAUAUUAAUGUGGGGAGAGGCAGCAGAGAAGGUAACAAUGCUUUUACAAAGGAUCUUGGCCAUCACAGAUCAAAUGAUGCACACAUACUAGAAGCAAUGACAACUGGAGUAUCUCCAAAGACCAUUGAGUUUAUGAUGGCCACCAACCCAGAUGACAAGUGCCUUGUAGAAGAGAAUAUUGUUGUUGCAGUAAAAGCAGGCCAUCGAUUGUUAGCUGGUCGUCUGAUCCAGAAAUGCAAUCAAUCUGGUGGACGUUACUUCAACAAACUUCAUGAAGAGGUUCUCCUGAAUGAUAAAGCUGAGGAUCUAUCUCCAUUCAAGGCAGUCUCUGUCAAGAAGAAACCAUAUGACAAUCACAGAAUGAGUCCACUUCACUGUGCUGCUAUCAAUCCUAACCCUAAGAUCUUAGCUAAGCUAUUAUCAGUCUGCCCCGAGUAUGCACUAGCUGAUAUAAGAGGAGUUAAACCUAUUCACUAUGCAGCAGCGUGCAAUGGGAGUGGGCCUCUAGAGUUCCUGCUGGGAAGAGGUUUGAAUCCAGAUGAGACUGAUAAUAAAGGCACAACUCCACUCAUGGUGGCUGCAAGAUGCGGACGUCUACAAAACAUUGAAUUACUCCUCAAGAAAAUAGAGUCAGAUAGCAAUGAUGAGCUGGUUGGAGUGAAGAGGAAAUCAGCCUCAGCAGAGUAUCCCAUACAUUAUGCAGCUAGAGCAGGACAUGUGGAAUGUGUGAAGAGUCUCGUGAAGCACGGUGCAGACAUCGAAGCAAUGGUCUCAGCAUCCAACAAUAAAGUCACCUCAUUAAUGAUUGCUGCUCAAUCUGGAUUAUUCAAUCUAGCUAAAGCUCUCAUUGAAAUGAAGGCAAUUAUUGCUAAGAAAGAUAAGAUCAAGCGUACUGCGCUGAUGUUAGCGUGUAUGAAUGGCCACUAUCCAAUAGUGACUCUCCUACUAAGGAAAGGAGCUGAUCCUAACACUAAGGACUCUUCAGGGAACACACCAAUCCACUAUGCAGCUGCUUAUGGCUGGUGGCACUGCCUCAAACUACUCCUCAAAGCUGGUGGAGAUCCUAAUGUAUCAAAUGAUUGGAAGAUUCCACCCCUUGGUGUAGCAUUGAUGAAGGGUCACGUAGGCUGCACUGAUCUCCUACUCGAGCAACCAAAUGUUGAUCUAAACUUCAGAGAUGAUAGUGGAGCUACCUUAGUUAUGUUAACUGCUGCUAGUCCUAUGACUAAAUACAUGGUAGAUCAGAUGAAAUACCUCAUCAGGAAGAAGGCUGAUCUUAGCCUGGUGGACAUCAACAACAGAAAUGCACUGCACUACUUGGCUGCAAGUGGAAUGCCCACUGUGUAUGAUCCUGCAGAGAAAGAGGCACAGAAGAAUUCCAUAUUAGAUCUAGCUAAACUACUCAUAGACAAGGGAUGUGACGCUUCGGCUAAAGACAAGUCUGGUAACACUCCUAUCAACCUGGCUCUACAACAGACUAACUUUAGUAUGGAGCUAGUCAAGCUGUUCUUAAAUAAAGGCUGCAGCCUCUCCUUUGAUGUGGGUACUAAUCAAAUCAAUGCACUUCAUGUCAUGGCAACACACUGUAGUCACAAUGAUAUGGGAGUUCUGCUACCAAUUAUUGCCAAAACGUUGGACAAACAGAAACCAGAGGACUCGAUGGAUGAUGACUCGGCUACCAAGAAAUCCUUGACAACGUUAGAAGAAGCAGCUAAGACAACAGAUGGGCAAGGAUGUACACCACUUCUAAGAUGUAUCAUCAAGAAUGCUAGCAACAAGGAUAACCCAGCGAAUGUACUCAGCAUGCUUAGGGCACUAAUUGAUGUCGCUAAAUGCGAUGUGAAUGCAGUAGUUGAGAAGAGAAAGACUGGCCAGAGAGAGUCAAGAGAGUAUGAGCUGGUGAGUGCCCUUCAUUUGCUGGCCCUGUCCAACAAUCUAGCUGCUUUGAACAUACUACUUAAAGCUAAGCCUCAAUUGGACAUACUAGACCAAGGUGGAUAUACGCCCCUACACAGAGCCAUUCUACACAAGAGGCAAGAAAGUGCAAAACUACUGAUCAAUGCAGGAGCUGAUGUUAACAUGUGCACCAAAGACAAACAAGGAGACAAAGCAACUGCCCUUAUACUUGCAGCAAGGGCUGGCCUUCAUGAUAUCAUCCCAAGCUUGGUUGAAAAAGGAGCUAAAGUAGGUGCUAGAGAUGGCAAGAGUGUAAAGACUGCGCUUCACUAUGUGACUAUGACAGGAGAAGAUGUGAGUAAGAUCUUGAAGACUGUAAAGGUCCUUCUACAAGCUGGUGCUGAUGUGAAUGCAGUAGACUCCAAACUCCGUACACCUCUUCACUACUCUGUUAACAUGGACACUGGUACUGCUGAUGUUACUACUGAGGUAGCUGAAUUCCUUAUUGACAAGAAAGCAAAUGUCUUCGUUAAGGACAUGCGGGGACGGUUACCUUUCCACUAUGCAUUCGUCAAAAUGAAGAAACAUCGAGACCGGACCCAGACUGAUCCUAUUGAGAUAGUGACGGUUCUUCUAGAAGCGAUGAAAGGACAACAGCUUAACGUACAGGAUAAGUUUGGUCAGACUCCAUUGCAUUGGGCUGCCUAUAGAGGAGCUACUAUAUCAUCAGUGCAAAUUAUUGAGAAAGUGAAAGAUUACAAUGUGAAGGACUGUAACGGUAACACACCUCUAGCUAUGGCUGCCCUGGGAGGUAAUGAUAGUGUUGCCAUUAUGCUGAUCCAGAAAGGUGCCAACAUCAACAUCAAUGUGACCUUCGUUCCUGAAGAGUUGGAGACUAAGAAAGACAGUGGCUCAACAGUGAAGUACUGGCAAUGGAAGCCGUUGAUUAAACCUCCAGUUACAGCAGUCAAGGCAUCGUUCUUUCAAGCUGUAGUGACUGAAGGAUGGCAAGGUGUUCUCUACCUCAUGACAGAUAGACUUCAGAAGUUUGGUUUAUCUUACAUCAAUAUUGUUCAGGCUGUUCUAGAAGCGCAGAAGUUCCAGCUAGCAAGUACAAUGAUACGCAAACAGAAAGAUGCACAGAAGCUUCAGGAGACCAAUCGUAGAGCUCGAUCAUUACUGCAUAUCUUAUCAAUGCAUGCUGUUUCGUCUAAUUGGUCAAGUCACUAUGAACAGAUUGCAUCCUCUCUGUUUGAGCGAGGUCUGAAGCUGUUUGCUAGAGAUGAUAAAGGUUGUACUCCUCUUCACUAUGCCGCUGCUAAUCAGAAUGUAGCCCUAUGCAGACUCUUUGCAGAAAGAGAUCCGAAUGGGUUCAAGAGCUGCUUGAACUGUGCAGACCAUAGAGGGCGCACUCCUACAUCAGCAGUUUUCUGGAAUCUUCGUUUUGAUUCGUCGACUGAGGAUGUCAUUAAAAUUCUACUGAAACACAAUGCAAGUCUGAACCUACGUGCCAACAUCCCCAACGUCAGUGCCCAUUCACCUCGGCAUGACACUACAGCAGAUACCCUAGAAGCUUGGUACCAUGGACCGGUUGAUAAAUUCACCAUGCGGACACCUCUGAUUCACUACAUCUACUUGAAUAACUUUGAGGCAUGCCAGUUCUUAUUGAAGAAUGGUGCUAGUUGUAACUAUGUAGAUGAUACUGGGAUGACGCCUCUUAUGCAUGCUGUCAAGCUGAAUGAGAUUGACCUCGUCAAGCUGCUACUCAACUUUGAUUUUGAUCCAACAAAAGAGAGUAAAAAACGCCAUCAACCCAAGAAACAGACGCUGUCUCUCUGGGCUACCAAUGUCUGGGAACAAAAAAAAUCGGGUACCUACGUAGAACCAGAAGAUGCAAGUAGCGAUGAUGAGGAUGAAGAUGAAGAUGAAGAUGAAGAAGAGGAGGAUGGAUCGGAAAAUGGUUCUGAAGAUGAUGGCGCAGCUGCGAAAGCAAAGAAAAAGAAAGAGCCAACGAAGAAGGAGAAAUUCCCGAUGACCAGUAACUUGGAUCUGAAUGCUGUGGACUCCUCCAAACAAACGGCCAUUCAUCACAUGAUGAAGACUAAUAUCUUUGGUACCUAUGAGAAUGAUGAGUUAUUGGAGCUAUUAGUCAUGCUGGAUGCUAAGGUCACGUUACAAGAUAAACAGGGCAAGACACCAUUAGAUUACACUAUGGAGACACGCUCAAGGAAGAUGGCUAUUGCUUUGCAGAGAUUGCAGGGUAUCAAGGAAGCUAACUGGGUGUUACCCAAGCCUGUCCUACAUGCAUGGACCGAUGGUUUGAACUUCCCAACACAAAAGCCAGACUUUGAAGCAGACGCCCAGGCUAUGCUGAAGUUACUUGAAUCAGAGAACAAAGAUACCACCAGUGAAGCUGAAGAUGAGAAAGAGAAAGCUGUGGUUAACAAGAUGUCUGGAAUAACAGAAGGAGGUGUGGUGUUGAUGGAUGAAGAGCAAGACAUUCCAUAUGAUGUAACGAUGACUAAAGUAGAUGUCAAGAGUGGUCCGUAUGGUAUGAACAACUUCUAUAUUAUGCAGAUUAUUCAUCAAACAGGCAAGGAUAUGAUCUUACUAUUCACAGAGUGGGGUCGGAUUGGGGAUAUCGGCCAAUACCAGAAGACGCCAUUCACUUCCAAAGAAGAAGCAAUCAAAGAAUUCCAGAAGAUCUUCAAAUCAAAAACUGGCAAUGAAUGGGGCAAUGUCAAAGAUUUCCAGAAGGAGCCUAAGAAGUACCAGUUAUGUAGAAAGGAUCGAUGGAGAGCAAAAAGAAAAAACAUUCUCAAGAAGUUUGAGUUUAACUUUGACUCAACGAUCCCGUCUAAGUUACCUCCAUCUGUACAAGGCAUCAUCAAGGAACUGAUCAAACCAGAGUUACUAUCAAGAGGCUUAUCAGAGUCAGGAAUCGACACAACAUUAAUCGGCCUCGGAAACUUCAUCUCUAGAGAUGUUCUGUUAAAGGCCAAAGAAGUUCUGGAAAGAAUCGGUAAGCUGAUUAAGAAAUGUGAAAAAGAUCAGCGAAGCGCAUCCAGUAAUAUCAACCAGCAGCAAGCUGAUAUGGAGAAGGUUUGUGACUUAAGCAGUGAAUACUUUGAGCUGAUUCCAAAUGCAGACUUUGCCUUUGAGAAGAUGUCUCCAUUGACCAACACCGAUGAGCUGUCAACACACGCUGGCCGACUGGAGAUUCUGAUUGACCUUGCUACAGCUAAUAUGAUCCUACUGGGGGCACAGUAUCAGGUCAAAGCAUCAGGUCCUACCUCUGUAGGUGCCCGUAUCAACCCAAUGGACUAUAUAUACAGGGCAUUAGGAUGUCAGAUACGUAUCAUGAAAGAAGAUGAACUGGAAACACAACUCUUACUCAAGCAUAUCAACAACUCAAGUAAGGGACAAGCGCCCAAUAUUGAAGCCAUCUUCCGUUUAUCAAGAGAUGGUGAAGAUGAGAGACUUAACUCAUGUGGCGUUGAUAAUCACAAGCUACUAUGGCACGGCAGUAAAUGCUCCAAUGUUAUCAGCAUCUUAAAGAAGGGACUUCUCAUUACUCCUCCUGAAGCACAAAUGACUGGCAGCUUAUAUGGAAGGGGAAUCUACACAUCCGAUACUUUCAUUAAGAGUCUUGCAUACUGUGACGAGUACUUUGCCAAAUCAGACAGGAAGUUUAUGUUCUUGUGUGAGGUGGCUUUGGGGAAAAUGGCCGUCAAUCCAUCGGAACCAGACAAAGUUGUUGAUCAAGGUUUCCACAGCACACUAGGCAAAGGAUAUUACAGAUACAAAACAACUCAAGACUUACAUCUUCCUACAGGAGCCUCCAUUCCACUUGGUGACCUUGGACACGCCAAUCGAUACCAUCGUUAUAGUUACCAAUCAGACUACAAUGAGUUUGUUGUGUACAAGGAGAAUCAAGUCUGUCUUCGUUACUUGAUUCAAUGUAAGGGAGAAUCACAACAAGAUACAAGCCAAGAAGACAAUGAUGAUUAUUCCUUCAAGGAUUAUGGAACUGUUAAAUCCAACCGUACACAAGUUGGAAGUGAUGGAGAUGAUAAUGAUGAUGAUGAUGAAGAUGGUGACGGUGACGAUUCUAUGGAUGAUGAUGACGAUGAGGAAGAUGCUGAUGAAUAAAAUCAACACCAAUCAGAUUCUUAUCAAUUCUUAUCACCCGAGUCAUCUUACAAGAAAGCAUCUAGAGACUCUACACAGCAUUUCUCAUCCAGUGGCAUGGACCGAUAACAGUGAAUCAUAAUAACAGCAUUUACAGAGAAUGUAGUUACUCUACAGUGGAAUGAUAACACUAGAAGGAUGUCUGUAUAGAAGCACAAUUUCAGAAAAGCCUGUAAGCACAAAAACUUGCUAAACAAAAAUGGGUUAACAGCCAACAUUACAUCAAGUUAACAUUGUUGUUACUGGUGUCGCACUCAAUUUUUGCUUAGCAAAGAAAUUUGUCACGCAGUAUUUUCUGCUUAUGAGCUUGGUGAAGUUGGGCCAAGGUCAUGACAAAAAAGACAACCAGCGGACAGUUUUUAUUACUUUAGACACAUUUUAAAUUGUGUAUUUUUAGUCAGUUUGUUGAGUUUGUUAUUUUUACAAACUUGAGAUUUGUACAAAUUAACAUUGCCAAGCUUUUUAAUAGAUGUAAUUUAGAUAGAAUAACUAAUUUUCUUAGACUGUGAAUAUUAUUGUUGCAAACUUGUACCUUCUGCUAAAACUGGAAGGUUUCAACUCUGUUAAUUAUUUUUAAAGCAUAUAACAUCACAAAGGAGGGAAUGAUUUCAAACAUGCUGAAAAAAAUCUUUUCAUUAAUGCUGCCGUUUAUAAGAUAAUAAUGGAACUUGCAAAAUAGGAAAUAAAUUACCAUGCAGAGAUCCAAUUCAUUGAAGAUAGUAGAAAAAUGGGGAAACCUUUUUCUUAAAGACGUUUGCAAAAACAAAUGAAAAGGUAAACAUACUUGAUCCCUAGUCCAAGGGCCUCAUUUUACCUCAUUUCACCAACUAACAGUUACUCAGCACCAAUAAAUGUCUGUAGUUGGAUUCGGUUUGGGAUAAAUAAAAAAUAUCUUGACUCCGAUGUCAAUGACCUGUAAUGAUGACAAUAAAUAUUGUCUAAACCGGUUGUUUUUGUACCAUUAUUCUUGCCAAAAACAAAUAGCAAAAUCUAAAUCACUCAACGCCCAACUCCUUGUACAUGUAUAUAGAAUUUACAUGGAAUAUAAUCAUGUACAAUGGUAAAUUAACUUGAUUUAUAGAAAGAAACCAAAACACUGUCAACUUUUUAAUUUUCUUAGUUUUUAGAUAUUUUAGUCCUAGCUAGAUUUAUUGUUGUAGAGUUAAGAAACCAUUUACAUAAAUCAAUAAUAAUUUGAUUGAUUUGGUAGUUGUGUAUAUAGACAAGAUGAAGACGUAUUCCGUAUUAAUAUUUGCCUUUAGAUUCUACAAGCAGUACCAGGUUUUAUCUUCAUACAGCAAGUUAUUUACGCCAACUCAUUACCUUUUAUUGCAAUAGCUCAAAUUAUACACAUGACAGCUCACUUUAAAGAACAUAGACUUUAUUCAGUUUCAUAACUAUUCAAACAUGUAAUCCAUCAUUACCAGAAAGAAUAUAUUUUACUAAACUUCUGGACAGAUAAUCAAUUGUGAUGUAUUUUUGAUAAAUGUGUAAAAUCCCAUAUCGAUCAUGUUUGCUCUACUAAUUCAAUAAGAUAAGUAGUUUUGAAACUGUUCUCUUUGUUUUAAAAUGUUUUGAUUCAUAACUUGUUCUGGUACAGCAUUUAUAAGGUCAGGCAAUAUUACAUAUUGAAGACCAUUUAACAAUCUAUUUCUUUAUUUAGAAAUAUUAGAUUGAAUCAUGUGAAGUAACUAAAUGAAAUAGGAAAUAAAUCCUAUAGAUAAAAUGUUUUAGCUCUGAUCUGUAGAAUACAAGCUGGAUUUAUGGGGUUACACAUUUCUACUGCAUUUUUAUUCUAUAACUUUACAAUUUGAGAAUGUUUUGAUAAUUUUUUUUAUCAUAAACACAUCAUAGAUUUAACUCUAGUUUUAUUUUCAGUUUGACGAUGGUCAACAUGUCUGUAAAGUAAUUAUUGUGUUUUUAUUUCAUGCAAACAAUUUGUCCUAUAUUUGUUACUUAAUGAGUAGGUCUUUUUCUGUUUUACUUUGUAAAUGCCUUUAUAUGAUGCCCUAGAGUUAGUCUGGGGAGAAAACGGCUCAAGAUAAUUUGUUUCAAAUGGGACAAAGAAUUUGUGGAAAUAAUUUACCAAACAUUUCUACUCCCGGGUAUCUAUAACAUCAGGUUAGAUAUAGUUUGGAUUGUGAGUAAGGCAGUAAAGCUUCAUAAGUAAUGAUCAAACAAUAAUUGAAAUAUUGUAAUAAUAAGUCUGUCUUUUGUCUGAGACUUUGAGAAAACUGAUACUUGAUUUGGCAUGAACUGUUUUUAUAAUUGUUGCAAAUGUUAUUAUUGUGUGGUUUUAGAUGUAAUUAGUCGUAUCUUUUGAUGAAUUUGUGUUUGUUUCAUGAUUGUAGAUCAGAACAGGACAUGUUUUAUUAGAGACGCUGCAUCUUUUUGAAAUGAUUGUCAAUAUUGCCUCAUGUUAAGGUAUAUUUACUUUGUGAUAAGCAUGUUUUCUUUUGAAAUAUCUGCAACCUUUAACAUCAAAUUAGUUAUUGGUAAGAACCUUCUGACUUUGAUUUAAACUUACAGUUUUGUUCAUUGAAGGUUAAUAAGUGACACUUUGUAAGACACUUAGUGUUCAACAACUAAAUGAAACUGGUUUAUGCCGUUACUUAGUCGCAAAAAUUUGAUUUAUUUCAAAUAUAGUGGUUUUUAAUAUCCAAGAUGAUUUUGAUGAACUAGUCAAUUAAUUGUGCACUCCAAUGGAGCUUGAACCUCGAUUGUUGACAGACCUAAUGACAUCGGAAUAAUAUUGUUUUAAUUUUACUAAUGAAAAGGGUUACAACUUUGAAAUGGAACAAGCUGGUGUUAUGAGUACAUAUAGUCGGCACUUACUUUAUUUGAAAUUAUGUACAUAGUAAAGUAAUACAAAAAAGACAAAGUUACACUGGGAGCAGGGGGGGGGGUACAGUGGAAACUUAGACAUAUCCAUGUCAAUGUUUUAAUGUAGUGUUGCAGAGACCAAAUAAUUUUCAGUGCGCUUUUUGUAAAUUACUCAAAUGCAUGGCUUCUUUGAUAUUUCACACGUUUGAGUUGAUUAAUUACUUUGCUCUCAAAUCGAAUAAUGGAUUUUCAGUAUGAACAUUCAGUGACAUCCAAAUUUCACUAUUUCUAAUAAGAUCUCACAAAGUGCAUCAAUAUAAAACACCAAUGAAUUCUAUAAAUGAAGAAGGUGAUAUUGAUGUUCAUGUAUUCGUGUAUCAGAUGAAUCUGAUUUCUAAGGUUUAUGUUUUAAAUUGCGUAAGAAUAACUAACUUCUGGUUUUGAUUUAGUUUAGAAACUGUACUUGUAGUUUGAGAUUAACAUGAGAUUGGGGUUAACACUUGAUAUCUUUUUUUAGUGGAUUUCAACUUUUAAUUGUGACAACUUUGUGAUAAAAUAAAAUAAAAAACAUGAAAA